CGUAUCAGGUCGCGUCUAAGACACUUCUCCGACGAAAAAGAGCGUCGUCGUAAAGAAACGGCAGCCUAGUCGUUUGAAGGCUGUCAACCAGGAAGUGGCUCUGGCACAAGGAGGCUCGCUGCAUCACUUGUGCUGCUGUCAGCUAACUUCUCAAUCGCUAUUAAAGCAGAAAUAAUGCAGGUGUUAACCUAUCCCAGUCGAGGAUCUCUCCUGGUUUGGACGUUGGUAGUUCAGCUUUUCCUGCGAGGCAGUGGGACUCACGCCGAUGACGGCACCAAGAACUGCAAACUCGUCUUUGAGUCUGAGUCCGAACGGAAGGUCCUGCGGCGAAUAGAGCCGCUCACCCGCAAGAACUUCACGGCAGAGAUGCAGAUUGGAGAGGCAAAGUACUCGUACGCGUUCCAGCUGUGCGGCGACGCAGGAGGCGUCCCAGGAGCCGGUGUCAUUCAGGUGGAAAACCAGAAGACGGGACCGAAGAUAACCGUGGUUGGCUUGUACAACGCAACAGAGGUCAUUGGAGGAAGCGACUAUGUGUGGUUGAUCUAUGGAAAUGGAGAAAAAUACGAUACCCACUGCUCCAAAGAACAGAGGAAAGCCUUUGUAAUGAUUUUUUGCAACCGAAAUUUGGAAUCGGGCCAACUGGAGGUGGUUCAGGAGAACAGGGAACGGGAGCAGCACUGCUACUACCAGUUCAAGCUAGAGUCCAGUGCCGUGUGUCCACCUCUUGAAUACAAGCUUAGCGCCGGCUCCAUCAUACUCAUCAUUGCUUUCAGUCUACUGGCUGUUUACCUCGUUGGAGGUUUCCUCUACCAGCGGCUCAUCGUCGGGGCCAAAGGCAUGGACCAGUUCCCCAAUUAUGCCUUCUGGGUGGAGGUCGGCAAUCUCUCGGCCGACGGUUGCGACUUUGUAUGCCGCUCACGGGAUCGAGAGGAGCGCCCUACCUACAGGGGAGUGGCCACAGAACCUUUAGAGGAGGAGCCCGAAGAGCGAGAUGACCACUUGUUACCCAUGUGACCUCACAGAGCGCGCUUUUGUUUUCACUGUGUGACAGGUUUGAUGAAACUGCCUGUAGGCGAACUCUGUUCCGAAGGAAAGGGCAGGGCGUGUAAUGUACAGACACAAUGUAGAGCUCCUUCAUGCAGAUUAGCAACCUCCGCACCUCGUUCAUCAAGUGAUUCAUUUGGGAUUAAAGCGAAGUUUCUACUCUAGAAAUGUGACAGGAAGUGUAGUUUCUACUUAAUGCAAAUCUAUAUGAUAUUCCCCCCCUGCUAAUGAUGUGUGAGUAUACUGCAGGCCCACAUAGGUCAUAACACACUGCUUUGUUUUUUUUCUUCCUUUAAAACUGUUAUUUAGGGGGGUUGGAUAUUGUGAACGUUUCAUUUUAGGUCAGUCCUCAUUCCACUCACACAGGUCAACAUAAAUGUAUAAUUAAUACACAACAUUCACAUUCAAUGAUUGAAAACACUCGCCCAAAGUUCGUAAGUUUUGCUGGUACAAGCAAAUGUAUACAGAUAUAUGGUAACAAAAUGUGCAUUGGUUAUUUUUGAAUUAGAUAUUUAUAUAUAUAUUUUGAUAAAAUGAAUGCACUUUCAUAGCAAAUAACCAAAACUGAUAAAGUCCUUAAUAAUGCCAAUAUUAUUUCUACAGCUCCUUGUAAUUUUACCUUUGAAUAACUAAGUAUUAAAUAAUACGAAAGUGAUUUGAUGGUAACGAGGGCAAUUCCCCGGUAUUAUAAAGUAUAUACACUGUACAAUUUGGAAUGUGUUGGUCAGUGAUUAAAACCAGCUUUUCAAACUUGAUGGAAAAUGAUGUUUGGGAUUUUAAAGUCACUUCUCUUUUCUUUGCUUUAACUUCAUUUUUUGUGUUACAUAUAGAAUUCUUUCAUUUUAUUUAUAAUCUAUGAAUCCUUCCAAAUCUUUAAAAAGAUCAUACUUAUUUUUAUUUUAAAGGGUCAUCAACAUGGAGUGGAAUUUUUUUUUUUUUUCUGAAGUCACAGUUCAGUUUGAAACAUGUUGUAAUGGAUGUCCUCACAUUUGGACAUUUUGUGUACAGUAUGCAGUGAUGUUUGAAUUAAAAAAGUUAUAUAUGUUGACCUGACACUAAUGUAUAUAUUGUAUAAAUAAAAACAUUAAUUUAGUACUUCUAUAUUCAAAUGAAUAGUAAUUAAUAGUGCUUCUCAGCUUU